AUGAUCAGCAGCUUUUCGCCGGUUACGUUGAACUGGCAGCUGAGUUCGUCGGGUUUCCAGUCUAUGAUUCUGAAUCGCUCGUGGUUUGGGUCAAAGAUUGACUCCAAAAACUUCAGUUCGGCCUUCAGCCCCGAAACCGACAUCUUCUGUUCAUCUCAAAGCACCAGGCCGCUGGCAGAGGGGAAGUCAGGGCGGAAUGCGACCGCGCAGGCGAGUCUGCUCCUCGGAUCUCGCAUGUUAGCGAUCCUUAUCUACAGGCAGGUCACCAUGAUGGCACCUCGCUUGCUUUUGUUCACCUUUGCUCUGCUGGUCAUACAUCUAUCCAACACAUUAGGGGGCAAAAUUCUGGUGUUCCCACUGGAUGGAAGUCACUGGGUAAACAUGAAAGUGCUCAUAGAGGAGUUGCAUAGCAGAGGCCACAACGUCACUGUGAUUCGUACAUCGGACAGCUGGUACAUCAGUGAAAACUCUCCCCUCUACACUUCGGUCACCCUUUCCUGUCGUGGUGGAUUCGAGGAAAACUUUGAAGUGUUUUUGUCCCAACAGUUGGAAUUACAGCUUCAGAGAAAAUCCUCAUCCUUUUGGUCCCACAUCUGGACCAACAUUCAAAAAGAGCGGCUGGUUUUGGAUCAGUUCUCACAGUUUCACAAAGCAGUCGCUGAUACAGUCGUCCACAUGUUUGAGGACAAAAGCCUGAUGGAGUCUCUCCAUGCGGCUAAGUACGACGUGGUGCUGACUGAUCCUGGCAUCGGAGGAGGAGCCAUGUUAGCACGGAGGCUCCAAGUUCCUCUAGUUUUCAAUGUCAGAUGGACCAUUCAAGGAGAGGCCCACUUCCUUAUGGCUCCCUCACCUCUGGCAUACAUCCCAUUUACUGCGACAGAGCUGACAGAUAAAAUGACUUUCGGUCAACGGGUAAAGAAUGUUUUAAGCUACAUUGCAGGAAUGUACACUCUGUCAUACAUCACAGAACCUGCCUACAAACCAAUAGUUAGGCACUAUUUUGGGCCUGAUGUGCAUUACUCCACCUUUUUCCUGAAUGCUGAUAUAUGGCUCAUGAGAAGUGAUUUUGUCUUUGAAUAUCCACGUCCAACGAUGCCAAAUAUUGUCUACAUGGGUGGAUUUCAGUGUAAGCCCCCAAAUGCUCUCCCAACUGAUCUAGAGGAGUUUGUUCAGAGUUCUGGAGAUCACGGAGUCAUAAUUAUGACUCUGGGAACUCUGAUCGGAAAGCUACCCCAAGAUAUUUCCGAAGAAAUUGCUGAAGCCUUUGGUCAGCUGCCGCAAAAGGUUAUCUGGAGGUAUAUGGGACAAAGGCCAACCAAUCUAGGCAACAACACACUGCUUGUUAGCUGGCUGCCACAAAAAGACUUACUGGGACAUCCCAAAACUCGAGCAUUUGUGACCCACGGCGGUACCAACGGAGUUCAAGAGGCAAUUUACCACGGGGUUCCUGUAGUGGGACUUCCAUUGUUCUUCGAUCAGCCUGAUAAUCUCUCCAGAAUCAAAUCCAAGGGAGCAGCUGUGAUUGUGGACAUUGCCACGCUGGACAGGCAUAUCUUUAAAGAGGCACUGACAACCAUUCUUUACAAUUCCACCUUCAAAGAAAACAUGCAGAGACUCUCAAAGCUGCACCGAGAUCAGCCCAUCAAACCUCUGGAUCAGGCAAUGUUUUGGAUAGAGUAUGUUAUGAGACACAAGGGAGCCCGUCAUCUGCAGACACAGUCGCACAGAAUGUCCUGGUUUGUGUAUAGCUCUCUUGACGUCAUCCUAACUUUAUUAGCAGUUGGAUUGUUUCUAACAUUCAUCUGCAUUUCACUUGUUAGAUUAUUUUGUAAAAUGAUUCUUAAUGGGAAAAAGAUGAAACAUGAGUGACUUGAGAAAAUAAAAAAUGACUGUGGAGCAAAAAUGGGUGCUAUUGAAGAUUCAGGUUUGUGGCUUUUCCUGCAUAAAAACAAUCACUCAUUGU